AUGAAUUAUUAAGCUGUUUUGGAUUAGAUCAAAUUUUAUGAACCACAUUUUGAUGAUUAUAAUUUCCUUGAUCUCUAAAAGUUGAAUGCUAAAUUAACUAUCUCUAAUAAUUAUGUUUAUUAUGGUCAAUUUGAAAACAAUCUAAGACAUGGAAAAGGUUAAUUCAAGAUCUCUAUCAGAUAGGUAUACUCUUAUAAUAGAAUGGACGGAAAUAUGAAGGGUAAUGGUAGAAUGAUUAGAAAUAUGGUUAUGGUUGGGAAUUGUUGGCCAAUGGAUCUCAAUACGAGGGAAAUUAUGUUAUGGGUAAACCACAUGGAUAAGGCAAAUUUAUUUGGCCUAAUGGAGAAGUCUAUGAAGGUUAAUGGAACUAAGGUGCUAAGGAAGGUCAAGGUAAUUAAUUUAAUCCUAUAUUUAAAAGGAACAUGGUAUGGUUUAAAGGGAGAAUAAUAUUAAGGGGAAUGGAUAAAUAAUGUAGCUUUUGGUUAUGGAGAACAUAUACAUAGUAAUGGAGAUCGUUAUGUGGGAAAUUUUAAGGAUUGGCUUAAAAAUGGAGAGGGUUAAGAAUAUUUUAGCAAUGGAGACAGAUACUAAGGGAACUAUUUAAAUGGUAAACCUCAUGGUUAUGGAGAAUACUUUUGGAGUAAUGGGGCAAUAUUUUAAGGGUAUUUUAAGGAUGGAUUAAGAUGUGGAAAAGGAAUUUGGAAAAGAAGAGAAGAUUCCCCAUCAGAUUAAUAUUAAGGGGAAUAUGAUGAAGAUAAGAAAAAUGGAUAUGGAGUAUAUAAAUGGUCUAAUGGCAAUGAAUAUAGAGGCAUCUUUUUAAAUGAUUAUAAACAUGGUUAUGGUGAAAUGCAUUAUGUUGAUGGCAAGAUACUUAAGGGAAAUUGGGAAUAAGGGAAAUUAGUUAAUGAAAUUAAAUAAAAUUCAUCUAAAAAAACAUCACAUUCAUUUGAUAAUCAUAUUAAGAUAGUUGAUAAUACUCAUAGUUAUAAUAAGAGUUAUUAAAAUAGAAAUAUAUUUAUGGAUAAUCAAUAGGAAAAUAAUAACUAAAUUAAAAGUAAUCCUUACAAUGAUAAUGAUAAUGAAAAGUUAAGUAAUUCAUAUGCUGAUGCAUUAAAUAGUAAUAAAAAUAUCAAUAAUAAUAAUAAUAAUAACAAUAACAAUAGUAAUAAUAAUAGUAAUCCAGCUUCUUCUCAAACAUAUAGAACCACAAAAACCAUUCGGAUUAGAUAAUAUUAAAAAGACAAAUCCUUUAGUAUGAGUUAACAAACUUCACAAUAUGUACCAUCUAGUCCAAAAAGAGAUAUAUCAGAAAAGAAUGAAAAAUAAAAAACAUAAACUAAAUUUUGCAUAAAAGCAUAAGACAAUUUCUAUCUACAUAUAAGAAGACCAAAAUAGUUUUCUUUAUACUAAAAUUGAUUUUACUUACUAUUCAUUUUUAUAUAAAUAAUUAUUUAUGACAUGUACAAAAUAAUAAAUAAAAUAUAUUUUAGAAUUUUUAAGAGUUUUCUUAUUCGACAAAGGCUAAUCUAUUUAUCAGAAUCGAAAAAUGUUUCUGGCAAGAAUUAAUUAGGUUUAAUUUUAUUUGGCAUUGUAUAAUCAAAGAGAGAAGGAGCUCUAUUUAACAAUGUAUAAUGUGAUUAAGUUUACACAAAUGAUUAUAAGAGGUAGUAUAAUUAUUAACUUAAGAUACAUUGAAUUUUAUGCUCACAUUGAAUUAAAAACCACAUAUACACCAUUAUUAAGGGAAAUUCACAAAAAUGAUGUUAUAUAAAAAUCUUAAUUUCAGGUUUCUAUUUAAUCAAAACAAAAAAAAAUUUUUUUUUUAAAUACUGAAAUUUAGGAAAUAGUUGAAACCUUUUUUAAUUAAUUUUUUAGAGAAUAAAUAGACUAAAAUUGUUUAUUUUUCUGAUAAAAAAUCUUAUAAAUUUAUAAUUAAUUAUCUAAUAAUCGUAAUAUUUUUAAUAUCAAAAUUAACUAGGAUUAUAAAUAGAUAAAAAUAACUUCUACAAUUCUUCAGUUAAGUAGUUUAGCUCUUAUUCUAAGGGAUCAUAGAUGAAUAAAGUAUUAAUUUUAAGUCAUGCUGAAUUUAUAGCAGAACUCUCAGAUAUCUUCAUCAAAGAAAAAAUUUUCAUUUUUCUAAAAAUGAAUAUCCAUUUAUAUAAACUUUAAAUCGAGCUGUAUGAAAUUGGAUAUCUAUAUGUAUGA